AGCAGAAGGAGGCGCGCAAGAGCCACCAGAAGGCCGUCGAGACCGCCAAGAAGGCCUCCAAGACGCGCAUCCGCCUCGCGCGCAAGGCCGAGAAGGCUCGCGCGCGGCGCCACCGCCGCCAGAUGCGCCGAGCUCGCGCUGAGGCAAGGCGCAACGUCGCGGUUGCUCCGGGGAGCGUGGCCGUCCCGCCCUUCUCGAAGAGCGCCGGCUGCUACGUGUGCGGCAAGAAGUUCGGCAAGGCGCUGCACAGGCGUCGCCACCACUGCCGCCAGUGCCGCGAAAGCUGCUGCCUGCAGUGCACGAGCCGCACGCGCCGCCCCGUGCUGCGCUACGGCCUUGACAAGCCGCAGAAGGUCUGCGUCGUGUGCGAGACGCUGGUGUUCAACAACGAAGCAGUUGUUGAAGUUGCUGCGCCUGCGACGGCCUCGCAGCCGCGGGAGCCAGCGGAGGCCGUCGUUGCGCUGGCCGCUAUUGGCCGCGCGUCACGCCGACCGCACUCGGCCCCGUUGCCACCCACUGAGGGGGCGACGGUGACCAUGCCUGUUUCGAUGCGUGGGAGUGGCCGAGGCCGCGCGCGCUCCACGAAGGGCAAGGGCGGCUCGAUUUGGACGCUGCCGAUCCGCCCGCUGCUCAAGAGGAAGAAGAGUGCGGAGCAGCUCCGCAACCGCAAGAUGGAUCUGGACUUGCAGAUCGACAAGCGGCUGCUGUUCAGGGGCCGCGCCGUCGAGCUGCAGCCGCAGUCGGUGGCCCCACCGGCGCCGUGAAGCGGGGGAAUCGAGCGAGCUCGGAGCAAGGAGCUGGACGGGUGGUGAUCAUCACCUUGAUGUGUGCGUGUUUCCCCGAUCGACUGUAUCGCAGCAGGCCGCAGUUGCCUGCACUGCCUCGAACGUUCGCGGCCAAGGAAGACGAGAGGAGGCGCGAGCGGUGUAUAACUAUAUUGCAGAAUCCAUUUCCACGUG